AUGUCUAACCGACCUAAGUUAACUGCCAUUGGCGCAGGAAGUCACCGGAUCGUGGGAGCAUGUCUACGCAUCCUCACCGGGUUGGAAGAGGCCGUGAAAUCUGCAAUGGAUCCCAUCAUUGUUUUUCAUCACGGAUACCUUGACGUCGAUCAAACUCACCGGACAAAAGCGUCUGCCAUGCAGUACCCGGUUCCGAGCGAACAAGCACUGGACGAAGCCGGCUGGGGGCUUCUUCGUCUGAUGUCUUUGCACCCGGCGGCUAGUGACCAAGUCCGACGGAUGGUGGCCAACCACUACGACAACUCCUCUCACGCGUUGCCCAGGGUGGCACUUGGACAUAGUGCGGCACACGUACCCAGGGGGGUACAUAGACCCAGUGGGGCACGUGGCCCCAGCUCAGGGCCGGAGGCCGAGCCGCUUUUCGCACCUGGGAUUUUCGACCACGUUUGCGAAGGAGCAGUUGACUGGCUGCAUCAGGCAACUCCUGCGGCAGCUGCAACGACCGAAGAUGCGAUGACCGCCGAUUCCGGGUGCCCCCGGAGUUCCCUCGCGUGUGCCGCACACGUGCGGUCAACGUACUUCACCAAGCACCUUCCCCUAGGUUUCAUUCACGUCAAUUGGGGCGCACGGUACGUGGGACUGAUUACCCACAUGCUGCGUGACCUACACUGUCAUCCACACGUGCACACCAUAGAGGUCGAUCGUCCGGUCAGUCUCGCAGUACAUGACGACGACCAUGCAGGCCAAUUGUCCCACGAGCACAUCUCGAACGACCCACUAGCGUUUAGACAGUGGUACCUUCGGAACCAGGAGAUAAAAGAGGUGUGGGAAGUAAUGGAGGGCAGCCGGUCGCAGCCUGUGAAUGUGAUGGUGGCUGACUCUGGGGUGGCAACGGACCACGAAGACCUGAAAGCCAACUUGCUUCACUGGUCAGGCAAGGCGGGGGCUAAGCCGAAGGAGGCGGAGUCGGUGGGGGCGCAAUCAGGCUCAGGUGGGGCGGUAAGUGUGAUUGCUCAGGAGGAGUCACCGGACGACAAGCUGGGUCAUGGGACACACUGCACGGGGGUCAUUGCGGCGGAGGUCAACAACGGGUUAGGAGUGGCAGGGAUCACGAACAAUCAUGUAAAGGUAUUCAUGUGUAAAUUUUUGAGCAAGGAGAAAGGGCAGAUAAGCAACGCGGUGAAGUGUCUGGAUAUGGCGAUGUCAGGAAACUUCUCCGUGGUGUCCGGCAGCUGGGGCGGACCGUCGCGAAUGGAAGCGUUGACUACAGCGAUUGAAGAGUUGCAGAAGAAGGAUACGAUGGUAAUUGUGGCAGCAGGUAAUGGUGGACAGGAUUUGAACGAGGAACCUUUUUGGCCGGCGUGCGAGCGUUUCCCCCACAUGCUCACAGUUACCGCCGUACAGGAAGACGAUGUCUUGGGGUCCUACAGCAAUUUCGGAGACAAAUGUGUGCAACUGGCUGCGCCCGGAGACAAAAUUUUCUCCACCAUCGUCAAGGACGGACACAAUGCUUACGGCACCAAGUCUGGGACCUCCAUGGCUGUGCCUAUUGUCGCUGCUGCCGCCGCCAACGUGCGAGUCGCUAACCCCGCACUAACAGCCAUCCACACUUCAGAACUACUUCAGAAAACCGUCCGACCAGUCGUUCAACUUGACAAAUCAGUUGCCGCCCGCGGAACCUUGGACACACACCAGGCCCUUCUGGGCGCUCUGGCGACCACAAUCGUCUUCAGCUCUUCAAACGCCAGCUCUUCGGGGUCGCAAGAAGGGGAAAAAGUCGCAUUCGGACAACCUAUGACUCUCAAACCCGAACAGACCGGCAUCUUCCCAGUCCUCCCGACCAUUAAAGGCACAACGCUCACCAAGUUCUGGCUUACAUUUCGCCUCGAGCAUCCCGCAGGAAACAGCCAGACAGACGGUAUACAGCUCCCCGUCAAAGUAACGCUCCACAUCUAA